UUUCUUAUCCAAUUACAUCCCCAACAGAAACCCUAAAACCCUAAUUUUUUAAUUUCUGAAUCAAUGGGUCUUCUCUCUUGGUUCAAAGGAGGCUCUAAAGCGGAACCAUCAAACUCCGCCUCAAAUACCCAAAUCGCCGCUCCUCAAUCCGAUGUCUCGGCGGCACCGACAUCCGAAAUCUCCGCUCCUGGAAUGAACGGUGCGGUUGAGGUCCUCCGUCCCCCUAAAAACGUCACCGUUUUCGAAUUCGGGUCCAUCGCUGCUUCCAACGAUAAGGUUACUCUGGCGGGUUACUGCCCCGUCUCCGAUGACCUUGAACCUUGCCGCUGGGAGAUCCUCCCCGCUAGUGAAGCCGACGCGCCUCAGUUCCGCGUGGUCUUUUGAGUGAUUAAAGAGAGAUAGUGAGGAACUGUUGUUUAUUUAGUUUACUGUCUGUAUCAAGAAUUGUUUGUAGUACAACCAAUGAUUAUUAUGAAUAUAAUUUUGCAUCAAAUUCGUA